CAGCAAAAAUAUCAGGGUCCUCGGUUGAAGGACCUCGCUCACAAGUAAAUAGAAAAGAUGUUACGCUAAUUAGCAGGCUACUAUCGGGUUUGGUCGAAUUAAUUUUGUCACUACACGCAAUUGAUUGCGGCGCGAUGGCAAAGGAUGAUGAACUGGAGAAGCGCGCAAUAGAGGAGCUCCUGCGGGAGACCGACAGAGCUCGGGUGAGAGCAGAGACCAUGGGCCCGACAGGAUGGUUGAAGUGUCCCCUGAGGGGCACCAACAAACGCUUCCUCCUCAACACCCUGCGCUCCACCGGCCUGCAGCGCCACACCGGUGAGCCCAGAGACGGACACUCCACCACAAGAGGGCGCCUGAGAGGCGACUCCCCGGAGAGAAGCCGCGACCGCAGCAGAACCCCUCCCAGAGAUCACAGAAGCAAUGGAGGCCACACAGACCAUAAACAUCAUCGCAGGGACAGCUGCAAUAACAAAGAUAAGAAGCAGGAUAGAGACAGAGAGAGGACUUACAUGCACAAAGACAACAGAGACCGGAGACAUGGGAGGGAUGGUCAGAACAGAGACAGACUUAAUAAGUAAAAGCUUCUGUCUAGAGGAGGAACACUGCUUCUUUCAAAAGGCCACUCCUUCUCCAGAGAGCGCAGAGGUGGACACUCCUGAAACUGCUCAGCUAACACCCCUCACAGAGCUGCUAGCAGGCUAUAAGACAUAUCGUGUAUAGUGGAAGGAAAGACAUUCACUCAUUCAGUUUUCAUUCGAGCUGAUGGAGGAGUCGUCUCACGUGGUAGUUUACUCACAGUUCACUUUUGAAGUAUUCAACCAUUUUGUAGCUGUUGAGAGGUUUAUUUGACUGGACAAAAGAUCCACACACCGCAGCUCCCAGUAAUUUAACUGUGCAACGUUUCAGCCAGUUUUCGAACGUUUCAGCCAGUUUUCGACACUUUGCUCAGUUAAAAGUACCAGAAGCUGUUAGAGCGGAGUGCAGAUCUUUUGUCUGAUCCCAGCCUUUAGUUUUCAGACAUUUUUUGGGUGUGCAUCCACGUUUGUAUGAGGUUCAUUUGAUUCCCUUAAACUGCUCACAAAACCG